AUGCCUAAAAUUCGGCGCUCCCGGGUAAAGCUUCAUGAUCUGGCCCCCGGGCCUGCCCGAGGAGGCCUGGCGCCUUGGUCUUCCGGCCGCCUUCAUGCCUUGACAACUGGUAAUGCAGACGGCGGCGGCGGCGACGGCACAACUGACGAUGCGAGCGAGGGCAGCAUUGUGAGCAGUUUUCGAGACCGUCCUAGAGACAACAGCAUUUCAGGCGCUUACACACCCGGUAGCAAGGAGGCUCUUGCUACAUCCGCUUGGGCUCUAGGCGGUCAUUCCCGGAGGACCACCGAUGAUGUGACUAAUUCGAUGAAGCUCUUGUCGCGCGGCCAGCGGCGAAGAGCAGAGAAACGGGACGCGUGGUUGCGGAAGUUUGAUUUCCCGAAGUAUGCCCAGCAACUGCGAGAAGAGCAACGGCGACAAGAACUGAAAGAUUCACCACAGGAAAGCCCACUUGCCACAUUUGCACCAGCUCUGCGGCAACAAUUAAAUGACGCGGACGUGUGCCACAGCACAGAAGCUGAGGUCCUUGCGGGUGGCCGCGCCACUGCGGGCAACGGGAGAAAACGAGUAACGCGGAAGUACAUUCAGCGACUCGCUGAAAAGGAAGUAGCGCAAUAUAGAGCGGUGGUGGCGUUUUCAGCGUUUCGCGCCAGCCCGCUUGCUGUACUGAAGGAACACCUAAAGAACACUAUAAGCAUGCAACAGAAAACGAAGGAAAAUCCAACGUUUGUAUUUUUACCAAGCACGCAGCCCUCGGCGUGGAGGAUAAUGCUCACCGGGCCCAACGGGCCGCUCCUGCACAGAUCGCACUCGAGGCAACGCCACAAGGAUGAGGCCCUUGAUCGGUACCUCGUGAGGCUACAUCGUCGUCGUCGUGGCGAGGGGUUGCCCGCCUUGGAAGGCUCCCGAUGCAUAUCAAAGGUCGUGGUGCGCUUCUCGAAACCGCACAAUGCUAAAGAAGUGCUGUAUAACGCAGGCUUUUCCUGCCACUGA